GCAUGCAUCACAAAUUUGCCUGAAUCCUCCCAAAAGCAUAAAAUUUCAUAGACGGACGGAGGAUUUUUGUUCAUACAGCGAGGAAGCGCGGCCCGGCGCCCAUCCGUCAAUUUCCACUCUUCUACAUUCUUCUGAACCAAAGAAAAAGACACUUUUGACGUAAUUCAGGUCGCAAUUCAGUGUCUUAAUUUCAGUGUCUCAACUCAACUCUCAAACCUCAAAUUAAGUAUUACAAGAUCUACUAUACCAAUAAUCACACCGCGUUGUCUGCUGCCCACUCAACUUCAACUGACUCACGUAUUGUAUUAAUUAAUUACAUUCACAUUUUCAACUCAUGAAAAAUCACGCUCUUCCUUCCGAAAUUAUUUACCAGAAUUAAAGUUACAAUUAUUACGAAUUACUGCAUAUUUCAUACUGUACAAAGGCAGCUGGAACUGUCUCUAACAAUAGUACUUAUAGUAUCUGAAGAAACUCAGGUAAACUAAACUCGUCUAAGACACCGACUACCGAGUCCUCGUUUUUGAACAAGAAUUGAGUCAGUCAAUACAGUAUUAUUAUAUUCUACACUAUAAUCUCAUCUGAUCGAUACGAGUAGUUAAUAUGGAGGCCGAAGACGCGUCUGUUGCUGCAGUUAUUACGGAUGUCAAGAGGAUUCUGUGGGGCGAUCAAAUUAACGAGGAGUUGUUUCUCCGGUGGUCUCAAGGUUUCAUAUUCAGUCCUGAUGAGUCGACUGCCUUAGUACAGAGAGAAGGAGGGCCAUGUGCUGUGAUAGCUCCGGUUCAAGCCUUUAUUGUCCGGGCACUAAUGAAAGACCUUGAAUUUUUUUCUACAAAUUCCUGGCGCCAUAUGCCUUCAGAGCGUGUGGACUCUUACCUUUGUCAAGCAUUGACAGAAAUUCUUCGCCAAGUUGCCAAUUCUGACUCAGCGCCGGUAGAAACCCCUCCUUCAACUUCUGCCAAAUUGAAGUUAAUUCAAGAUCAACAGCAGCAGUCCGAUCCUGCUGCAUCACUAACUCCACAAUCUCCUCCUGUGCCACCUCCAAGCACCUACUGCAUCGUUUUCUUGAACGAACCCUUGUCACGAAGAAUUUCCUGCGAGUCUGAAGUAGCCGACGUUCCACAAGAUAACAGACCACACCGAACGGAGGAAGAGAUUUUUCAUCGAAAUUUACGCCUCUUAAAGCUGGAUAAUAUUAAUCAAGUUGAGAGCGUGUUGAAGGAAAAAUUAGAAUCUUUCAAAGGGCAUUAUGGAGUUCUCCAAUUUCUCUACUCUGCCAUUUUAACCAAGGGAGUUUCCAGACUCAGUCACGACAUGUCUGAGGCAUCCGAGCUUAUCGAUCCCGUUCAUGGUCAUGGUGGUCAGAGCCUCAUUAACCUAUUUUUGUCAGGUCAAGGAGUCAAUUAUGUUUUUGACAAUGACAAAUAUCUUGGGGGAUUAGAGCUGAAAGGGAUUGCAAGGCAGUGUGAAGUUGGUUUCUUAACGGUGCUGGAAAGACUGCGGUAUUGUGAAGUUGGGAGUUUCCUCAAAAACCCCAAGUAUCCGAUUUGGUUGUUGGGGAGCGAAACCCAUUUGACUGUGCUAUUUUCUUGGGAUAUGAAUCUUGUUAAACCUGAAAGUUCAGCGGGACAAGCUCUCCGUGUAUUUAAAACUUAUGAUCCUGACGGCAACAAUUUUAUUCAAACUGUUGUGUUGGACGAUGUGAUGCGCACUGCAGGGUUGUUUGCGGACACCGAAUAUGUGGAGAUAAUGACAAAAAAGUUAGAUCCAGAAAAUUUGGGUAUCGUUCUAAUGAAUGACUUUAUGGAUGAAUUUUUUCAAAAUGAAAACUACGGAGGUCCUGACACAUUUACCGUUUUUCAUUACAACGGUCUCCCCCGCGGAUCUUCCAGCACAAACAAAGUCGUGUACAAUGAGGGGAACGCCAUUAUCCUGGAGACGGACUUGAGAUGCCUUUCAGAUGAAAAUAUGCUCCUAACCUGUCUGCAAACCAAAUGGCCAAACAUUGAUGUUCAAUGGUUGAGUGGAUCAACGCCUUCAAUCAAUUGACAGUACCCUCAUCCUAACUCUUUAUCGUAUUGAAUAAUAAUUAUCAAAUUCAACGAGCUCACAAGACAUUGUUACUACUAACAUAAUUUCCUAUUUGCUAUAAACCUCUUAUACACAGACACACCGCGAUAACUUUCCCAACAUCAUCAAAGCCUUAUUAAUUUCUCGCCAUGUAGGUUGAUAAAAACCAAUAAAUGAUGCCAAUAAAACAGAUGUAAUAAUAAUACGUGUAUCCACACAGAUGGACACGAUCGAUAUAGAAAAAUGCUCCUAGUUAUCUAGUUAAAUAUGUAUAGUUAUAAUCUAAUUGAUUUUUGUUAUUCAAUGAUUUUUUUCAUAUAAAACUACUCGUAGUCAGUGUUUGUGUUUGUAACUGGUCUUUUUGAUACUAAAAUGAUAACAAUAAUUAUCUAUGUAAUUACACCAAUUACUGUUACUUGCAAAUUUUAUAUUAUUCAAUGAAUUUAGCCAUAUUAUACUUUUAGGAUAAAUAUAAUAACAUGCUAUUUGUGCCGAUACUACGUCUUUAUGUAUACCUGAGAUGAUGAAAAGAGGAUUUAUGAUUAAAAAUUUAUCACGUUUA